GAGAGCUCUCCCUCAGUAGCGGAGCUUUUGUGCGGCUGUCUGGGCAACAGCGCAGGGUCGCCGAAGGUGGGAGCAAAGAAAGGACAGAAAGGGAUGGAAGCGGGGGCGAAAGCGCCGUUGAAAGGGCGGCGAGGGCUUUGCGGAGAGAGGCGCGACGACGCACAACCGUAGCCGGCUAGCGAGGUGACGUACGAGCGAGGACAACGUGCCAGCAGGACGCCAAACAAGGAACCGCCAAUGAUGAGAAGUUGCAUUUUGAUGGACGUUUAGCAGGAAUAAAGCAAGCCAGAGGACGAAGAGGAGCCAUGUCCACCGCCUUGUCUCAGCAACCGCCAAAGCAGGACAAGGAGGUGGAGGAGGAGGAGGAGGAGGAAGGCGAGGAGUUUGUUUUUGACGACAGCGAGGACGAGGAAAAGCCCCCCGGGGACGGUCGAGGGGUUGCCGGCCACCAGCUUCAAUUGUCAGGUCCGGAAGUCCUUAAGACGUGCGAGGACGCGCCGCGGGACGUCAAAGACGUCACGCCACAGGAAGGAAGCGGCGGCAAGGAAGAUGUUCCAGGUGCCGAUUCAGCUCGCGGGGUCCUUGCAGCAGUCGAGCCAAUAAAGCUGGAGCGGGAUUUGGGAGGCGGCCAUGCGGAAACAGAGAAGGAAAGCUCCGGGGACACGCCCGAAGCCACACGUGAGGUCGAGGUUGACGUCAUCUAUGACGACGUACCGUGCGAGGAACCCCUCUCCCCCGAUGAAGAUACGCUCUACGAGGACGUUCAGCGGGACUCGUGCGCUCCAUCCAGCGCAGGCACCGGAUGGAGCUCCAGCGAGUUUGAGAGCUACGACGAGCAGUCGGACGGCGAGAGCAAAAUGCCGACACGCAGCAAGCUGUCCCCCGAAGUGCGGCGACUGAGGGAGCGCUGCGCCCGGACCAAGCGUGAGCUGGCUAUCAAGCUGUCUGGCAAGCACAACUAUGACAUCAAGGUGCAGCAGCUCAUGAAGGCGGCCAGAAGCAACACCAAGGAUGGACUUGAAAAGACCAGAAUGGCCGUUAUGCGCAAAGUCUCCUUCCUUCACCGGAAAGACACCGUCGUUGAAGAGGACGACGCGGGCUACCUCGAUGUGGUGAUAUCGGACGUGACGCAUCCGCCGCCGCAGCUGAGCGCCAUGCCGGAGGGCCUGACCAGCCACCAGGUUGUCAGGCGCCACAUUCUCGGCUCCAUCAUCCAGAGCGAGCGCAGCUACCUGGAGUCCCUGCGGAGGAUCCUGCAGGACUACCACAAACCUCUGCUGGAAGCCGAGCCUCGCAUCCUGAGUCCUCGCAAGAUCCGGCCCAUAUUCUACAGAGUCCGGGAGAUCACCCAUUGCCAUUCCAUGUUCCAGAUCGCGUUGGCGUCGCGCGUGGCCGAAUGGGACAGCUGCGAGAAAAUCGGAGACUUGUUCGUCGCCUCGUUCUCCAAGUCCAUGGUGCUGGACGUGUACAGUGACUACGUGAACAACUUCACCAACGCCAUGGCGCUCAUUAAAAAGGCCUGCCUGUCCAAACCGGCCUUUCUGGAAUUCCUCAAGAAGAAGCAGGCGUCCAGCUUGGACCGGAUCACGCUCUAUGGACUGAUGGUGAAGCCCAUUCAGCGAUUCCCCCAAUUCAUAUUACUUCUGCAGGACAUGCUGAAGAACACGCCCAAGGGCCACGUGGACCGCCUGCCCCUGCAACUCGCCCUCACCGAGCUGGAGACGCUGGCCGAGAAGCUCAACGAGCAGAAGCGGGUCGCCGACCAGAUUGCUGAGACGCAGCAGCUCGCGCGCAGCGUCAGCGAUCGUCUGCUCAGUAAGCAACUGAACCUCGAGCAAGGCUCUCUGGUCCAGUGCGAGACGCUCAUCGAGACCGUGUACGGUGAGCGCGGACAAGUCCUCAAGUCCAAGGAGCGCAAGGUCUUCCUUUUUGACGACGUCCUAAUCUGCGCCAACAUAAAUGUCAAGGGCUCUCCAGACAUAAGCAGCCUGGUCCCGGUGGGGCCCAAGUACACCAUGAAGUGGAGCGCCCCCUUGCAGCAGGUGCAGGUGGUGGAGGUGGGCCAGGACGUUUCCCAGGGCAAGGAGGCCGCUGUCUACCAGCAGAAUGCGAGCAGGCGGCAAAGCAGCGCACAGGCCUCAGGGAAAUCCAUCCUGGGUCCUCCUCGACUCUACCAAGAACUGCAGGAGCUUCAGCAUGACCUUUGUGUGGUGGAGGACGUGACGCUACUUGUGGGUACCCUGGAGGGGACCUACCAGAACCUGAACACCACCGUGGCGCAGGACUGGUGUUUGGCUCUGCAGAGGCUUAUUCGCAUCAAAGAAGAGCAGAUCCAGAGUGCCAACAAAUGCCGCUUACGCCUGCAGCUGCCCGGGAGGCCAGACAAGUCCGGUCGUCCCGUCAGCUUCAUGGUGGUCUUCAACACGCCAAACCCGCUCAGCAAAAUCUCCUGGGUCAACCGGCUGCACUUGGCCAAGAUUGCGCAACGCGAGGAAAAUUCUCCCGGCUGGCUGUAUGGCGAGCACGAGGACAAGACGACAACACCCUUUUGGUGUCCGCUUCUGGCUUGUCACAUGCCCGUUUUUGCUACCAAGUCCACCGAGAGGAAGCUUGAAGCUGCCAUCCACAAUCCUGCUCACUGUGCAGUGUUGGGCUUCUCAGCAGCCAGCACAUCCUUACCUCAAGGCUUCCUCUGGGUGGCCUCCGGUGGGGAGGAAGCCUCUCAGGGCCAGAUUGAGAUAUUCUCCCUCAACCGGCCCGUGCCGAGGGCCGUCAAGAGUCUGCAAGUGGGCUCCGCCGUCCGUUGUCUGGAAUACGUGCCCGAAGCAUCUCCCGCUGAGGAGGCGGAGGUCAUGGCUCACAAAGUCCCGUCAGGGAACGGCGCCAGCAUCUGUGUCGGAUUGGAUGACGGACGAAUUCUGGUGUACGGCAGUGCGGACACUGCAGCUCAGUGCCUCUUGAGCCUCAGCACCCCUCGGGGCUGCCCGGUGCUGUGCCUGAAACACUCGCCUUGCUUCCUGUUUGCGGGCCUGCGUGACGGCACCUUGAUGGUUUACGGCAGGAGAAACAGCGAUGAUCUCUGGGAUCCCGAUUCCGGGAGAAGUGUGAACUUGGGUUCAGAUCCGGUGCGGACCCUCUUGGUGCUGGACGAUUCGGUGUGGGCGAGCUGCGGCAACUCGGUCACGGUGGUUGACAUUGGCAGCCUCAACACUCGGAAAGUGGAGGUUCAUCCCGACCCGAUGGUUAGCGUGGCACACGUGGCGCGGGCCGGCGGGGGCGUGUGGAUGGCGUUCUCCGAGGGCUCGUCCAUCCGUCUCUUUCACACCGAGACCUUGGAGCUGCUGCAGGAGAUGAACAUCUCCACGCGCUCCGCGUUGCUCAACACCAGUCAGGAGAACAUGCGAGUCACCAGCCUGCUCAUCUGUCGAGGACUCUUGUGGGUCGGCACCGCCCGAGGCCUCAUCGUCACCCUGCCGGUUCCCAAACUGGAGGGAAUACCAAAAAUAACAGGAAAGGGCAGGAUCUCGCUGAACGCUCACUGCGGGCCGGUGGACUUCCUGGCGGCUGUCAGCGGCACCUUGUCUCCGGACCUCCUGAAGAGGGACUCGGUGGAGGACGGGCCUGACUCGGCGUGCGGUGGCGAGGAUCCCAGCGACACCUCCUCCCAGGAAUCUCUGCAGCGCCCAGACGAGGGCCGGCCGCGAGGCGGCGGUCGGGGCCGCGGCGUCCUGUUGCAAUACAAGCUGCGCUCCACCUCGGGGCUGCCUGGACGCCCGCUCACGGCCGCUGCCGACGAGGCCUCCGACUCGUCCCUGGAGUCCUUGGAGCACAGCGUGGAGGACGGCUCCAUCUACGAGCUCAGUGACGACCCCGAGACGUGGGCGCGCGGGCGCCCCUCGGAGAAGGACGCCAGGGCCAAAGACAGGGUGGUGUCGGCCGCCGUCGUCUCCGGGGGACGGGGGUUCCGCAGGCUGCGGGAGGGGGCGCCCGCCGGGCCCCGGACAGCCGGGGACUCCUCAGAGAACGUCCUUUUGGUGUGGCAACUGCCGUUGACUGUCUAACUUAGAACUACAACACACUUAACCUCCGGCGCUCUCACAUAGAUGAAUGGUAUGCGAUGAACACAAGGGAAGCACUUCCGCUCACUUUUUAGCAUUUGCCAGUCCGCGGAUCGUCAAAUUGGCCCAGAUUUGUCCCAUAACAGCCAGUCCUACCAAAACAGGUCAAAUGCUCACAAACUGUCAUGAAGGUUGUUGUGAUCUCAAGGGAAGCACGUUUUGUUGUGAUCUCAAGGGAAGCACGUUUUGUACAUUUCCGACUGCACACAUUGCAGAAUUGUCUGGCUCUGUUUGACCGUCGAUGAGCGGCUUGGAAUCUGCAUGAGCGCCACCUGCAGGACAGGAGUAGAACAAUGCCAAGCGCUUUCCAUGACACUUUGUUCUUCUCAAGCCUUUGUGACGCAUUUUGAAAACACUUUGUUAGCAUGUUAGCGUAGCAUCAUUCUCAUCAUGGGAUAUGCCCUCCUCGUGAUCGCAGCUGCUUGCACAAGCGAAUCAAUGACCACUAAACAAAGGAGCUUAAUUGUGUUGCACAUUUUUUAAGAUUACUUUUUUUUGUUUUUUAACAUUUGUGUCCACUAUUUUUUAGGAGCAUGUCGCACUUGUUCACCAGUGUCAAACUAAUGAAAGUUAUUUAUAUGAAGGUGGAGUUGGGGGGAGAUAAAUGAGGAUGCUGUCGUAAAAAAAAGAAAGUCACCAUGGUUCAAAAUUGAAGGUGUAUUGGGAGACUAUUUUUGUCUCAAAAGUUAUCCCCCCCAAAACAAGAUUCCGCUCAAAAAUUAACUUUUUAUAUCAAAGUACUGACUAUGUUUUCCUUUCAUUUCUUGUAUAAAUGUGAUGCAUCUGAAAAAAAAAUGUUUUCUCCAAAAAUUGUAUUAUUUUCCCUCCCGAAAGUGUGACGUUUGUCGUAACAACGGAUUCUAUGUUUUCAAAUGUCAAUGUUCUGCAGUCCAUCGUCUGGUUUACUAGAGCAGUGGUCCCUAACCUUUUUGGCACCACGGACCGGAUUACUAUCAGACAAUAAUUUGACGGACCAGUGUUUGAUGAAGUCACAAUUUUUGCGAAGAAAACUUCUCAAAUCGAUUCUAGAAAAUCGGAAUCAAAUGUCGAAAGCAUCGAUAAAUCAAGUAAUCCCAGAUUGCACAUUGACGUUUUGACAACAUGAGUAAUGUUAUUUUUAUUAUUAUUUAUUCUUUCUUGUGCGGCCUGGUUGGGGUCCACUAUUCUAUAGUUCAUUAUUCGUAACCAUUUCAUCAUCACUUCAUCAGGAAACCAAAAUGCUGGUAAAGGAGACGUCACGGCCAGGUAAUCGCACCACCAGAAGCCAAAUCCGGGUUUUGCUACAAGGCGACUAACAGCGAAGGUUACCCCGCUCUGCAUCUCCGCCUCCAGUCUUGACUUAACCUUGGCGCCGCGCGAGGCUUGCCACCAUAUCCUUUCAUCAUCCAGCUAUCGGCGGGAAUCGUUCCGCUGAGAAGCCGACGCAAAGCUGCCUCGCCGGCUGUCAUCUAAAUGGAAAUGCAUGUGCCGAGCGUCUGGACGCCCUCGUGGCGAGCAAUGAGCUCUUUGGUCUUUUGCGUGUUUUGUACUCCUGCAGAUGAAAAUAUGCAUGAUCGCCCAACAAACACGGACUGCCACCAUUGAACCAUGCGCUUAUGUCGGCAUAUGCCUAGCAAGUAUUUUGACCUGUGUUAUUUGCUAACCCCUCGUGUGUACUGUACAUACAAGUUAUACUCAUAAUUAAUUAAAGAUGACGCACUGUUUGUGUGCGUUUUAUAGGGAAAAUAAGACUGCAAAAUGUCACGUCUUUUCCUCAUAGCAUCCUAAGGUUUUUUUUUUGUGGGUAUACUUACAUUUCUAUCCUAUUGUGUAGCUUAAAAACAACUUUGAUGCACACGGCUGCAAAAUGUGUGUUUCAGUCCAAAUGUGAGCGCCUAAGAAAAUAAAGAAUGGCAAGAUGAAAGUGCUCCUUUCUUUCCACUGUGUGCUCACGGCAAAUAAUUAAAGCUGCAUGCGGCACUGCACGAGUGUCAUUAAAGUUGUUUAAUG